AUGGCCAAAAAACCCGCCACUCAUUCUCCCGUUCCCAAGACAACGGCUGCGACCGCCCCAGCUAAACCUGUCUCUGGUCCUGUCUCUACGCCUGCACCACCAGCAGCGAAACCUGCACCUCAAAGCACGCUAUCGCCUCGGUCCUCCCCUCAGGAGAUCAUAAUUCAUGUGUGGAAUAGAUACGUCCAAGACACGCCCUCGCGGACAAUCCUACUCGACGUCUUUAUGGCAUGGUUGGUGGUAGUUGGAGUGCUGCAAUUCCUGUAUUGCGUGCUGGCUGGAAAUUACCCCUUCAAUGCUUUCCUUUCCGGAUUCAGCGCAGCCGUCGGUCAAUUCGUGCUUACUGCCUCGCUGCGAAUGCAGACCUCCGAGCUUCCACCUAGUGGUGCUUCUACAGCGAAGAAAACUUCAUCAAAAUCCAUUGAUACUGUAAGCGGAGAGCUGGUUGAGAAUGGCAAAGUCAGCACGGAGAGAGCCUUUGCCGAUUUCAUCUUCGGCAGCCUUAUCUUGCACGGGUUCUGUGUCAACUUCAUCAACUAG